AUGUCACUGGCUAAGAUUUCCAUCCAGCAGUUCUCUUACAGACAGCUCACCAACGCCACCUUCAGCCACGUCAUGGACCUCUCGAUGGAAUUUCACUCUGAGCGAGACUCCGCCGAGGCCAUGAAGUCCAUCGAACAAGGGGCCGCGCUCACGAAUGUUAUGGAAGCCGGCUUCCUAGAGAUAUCUCCAGCGGUGAUGGACCUGUUCGUUGCAUUUGUCCUUCUUUACAUCAAAUUCAACUUACUCGCGGCAUUGUGCAUGCUUAUUGCAACGCUGACAUUUCUGUCACUGGAAGUCGCUGCAUCCCGCUCGAAUGUCGACAAUCGCCGGCAGCUGACGAAGGCUGAAGGAGGCGAGGCGCGUGUGAUGCAUCAAGCUAUUCAGGGAUGGCUGACGGUUUCAUCAUUCAACAUGUUCGCAUACGAGAAACGCCGCUUUGCAGAAGCAGUCGACAACCACCUCACCGCAAAGCGAAAGUGGUCCUGUCGAGAUUACUGGGACUAUCUCAUUUGGCCGAUCAAGUAUUUGACCAAGGAUUACAGGUGGUUGAUCGGAGACCUGAUCGAUGCUGAACGGCUGCUCGACCUGCUUAUCACCAAGCCAGCGGUGUCUGACAAGUGCGAGGCAUUCGAUCUUGGUCCAGUCCAGGGAUAUGUUGAAUUUGAGAACGUGUGUUUCGCAUACAACACCAAGGAACCGGCUGUCCGUGACAUCAGUAUCUCUGCAGCGCCUGGGGCCAUUAUAGCCUUAGUUGGCACCACCAGAGCUGGAAAGUCUUCGCUGGUGAAGCUCCUACUUCGCCAUUACGACGUAACGUCCGGGAGCAUCAAAAUCGACGGCCUAGAUAUUCGCGACGUAACAGAAAGUUCUCUGCGGGAUGCUCUGGGCAUCGUACCGCAAAAUCCUAUCCUUUUCAACGCGUCGACAAUGGAUAAUCUUCGAUACGCCAAUUUGGAUGCCUCCGAUGAAGAGGUCUAUCGAGCAUGUCAAGCAGCUGCCAUCCAUGACAAGAUUCUCACUUUUCCACAGGGCUACCAGACCAAACGCCUAGCGAUUGCGCGAGCUAUUCUGAAGAAUCCACCUAUUCUCAUACUGGACGAGGCAACCAGUGCUGUCGAUACUGAAACAGAGGCCAAAAUACAAGAAGCGCUCAGAUAUCUCAUCAAGGACCGGACUACUUUCGUUAUCGCACAUCGGCUUUCAACGGUGGUCAAGGCAGAUGGCAUCAUUGUGCUGGAAAACGGUAGCAUUGCUGAAAGUGGGACCCAUUGGGAAUUGCUUGAAAAGCAAGGUCGAUACUACAGCCUCUGGCAUACACAGCUGCAUUAA